GACCGGCAUUUAGGGGGCGAUUAUCGCGAUUACUGUAUAGUUGUAUGGCUUGUAUUGAAUGGUAUAAUAAGGAUAAUAUAGUUAAAGUAAAUACACGUUUAAAUUGUUGUUAAUUGGGGUUAAAUUGAGGUGAAAAUCGUGAGGCGAUGGCUAAUCGGAUCAAAAUGACUCCCAUUAGGUUUGGGCUAACAAUGGCCGCCUUCGUGGGCGCCGUCGGAGCGGCCAUGUAUUCAGUGUUCAUAUAUCCCGUACAACACGUCGAUUAUUACAAGGAGAGACAAUCGCUGAACAGGAAGGGUAUCAAACAGGAGGACAUACAGCCGGGAGGGAUGCGGGUUUGGUCCGACCCUUUCGACCGCAAAUCAUCGUAAAUCACGCCAUAAAACUCAUCGCACGUUAAACUAGUUGUUAAUUAUGUAAUUAAUAGGCUUUUAGAUGAUUGGAUUAACUGUACGAUUGAUAAGACAUUUUGUGUCAUUAAAUGUAUAUAAAAUAAAUUCAAAAUCAAUUUACUGUUUAACUAAUCAAA